CCUCCUGGACCCAGUGCUGUGACCCUUUUUGUGACACCCUUCAGGAUUCAAUCUCUUGCAUGAGGUGGAAGUUAAUAAACACAUUCUGGACGACGCUGGGACCCAAAGUCCUCACGACGAGUUCCUGCGUUCGUCCCCGGGUCACCACUGAGAAGGGUUAUAACUCAUGUUCAGAAGCCGGGCAUUUAGCGACUCCCAGACAUCCCAGAGUGGGUUUCUGUGGCUCUCACGGGUGCGUGGAAACCGGGCGCCCGGGAUGCGCGCUCAGUUCCUCCGGGGAUGUUCUUCCCGGCUCGGCGUCACUGUCACCCCUAGCAACCCUCCGACGACGGGGACCCUCCCCUUUAAGGGAAGCCUGAUUCCCGGCCGUCUUCGUUUUGCGCGCCCGCCCGCGGCGCCGGCGAAGCGAACAUGGCCCAGGCUGCACGGGCGCUGUGGCCGGUCGGGCACGCUCUGGCCUGGAGGCUGGGCGGUCGCCUUCCGUCGGGACUCCCAGCUCGGAGUCGGGCCGGCUUCGCGGGAGCGGCGGGAGGCCCGGGCCCCGCGGCCACAGCCCGAAAGGGCAGCCCGCGGCUUCUGGGGGCGGCGGCGCUGGCCCUGGGGGGCGUCCUGGGGCUGUACCACACGGCGCGGUGGCACCUGCGCGCCCAGGACCUCCGCGCCCAGCGCUCUGCCGCGCAGCAAGGUCCGUGCCUUCCUCGACUUCCACGCCCUGCCCUACCAGGUGGUAGAAGUGAACCCUGUGCGCAGGGCCGAGAUCAAGUUCUCUUCCUACAGGAAGGUGCCCAUCCUGCUGGCCCAGGAAGGAGAGAGUUUGCAACAACUGAAUGAUUCCUCUGUCAUCAUCAGCGCUCUCAAGACCUACCUGGUGUCGGGGCAGCCCCUGGAAGACAUCGUCACCUACUAUCCACCCAUGAAGGCUGUGAACGACCAAGGGAAGGAGGUGACGGAAUUCUGUAACAAGUAUUGGCUCAUGCUGGAUGAGAAGGAGGCCCAGCGCAUGUAUGGUGGGAAGGAGGCCAGGACGGAGGAGAUGAAGUGGCGGCAGUGGGUGGAUGACUGGCUGGUGCACCUGAUCUCCCCCAACGUGUACCGCACUCCUGCCGAGGCCCUGGCCUCUUUCGACUACAUCGUCAGGGAGGGCAAGUUCGGGGCAGUGGAGGGUGCCGUGGCCAAGUACUUGGGUGCGGCGGCCAUGUACCUCAUCAGCAAGCGGCUCAAGAGCAGGCACCAUCUUCAAGAUGACGUUCGUGAGGACCUCUAUGAGGCUGCCAACAAGUGGGUGGCAGCCGUGGGCAAAGACCGGCCCUUCAUGGGAGGCCAGAAGCCGAACCUGGCUGAUCUGGCAGUGUACGGCGUGCUGCGCGUGAUGGAGGGCCUGGAGGCUUUCGACGACCUGAUGUGUCACACCCGCAUCAAGCCCUGGUACCUGCGGAUGGAGAAAGCCAUUGCUGAGGCACCCCAGUGACCUGAGUGUCCCGGAGUGGUGGGACACAGCAGAAGACGCCGGCUGCCGGGGACCAGGACCACUGGGUCAGCGACUGAUGCUGUGCGGUGGGUGGGGGAUGGGAUCUUUGUGCCUCUCGCCCUCCCCCCGCCCCUCCAGCUCCCUGGCUUCUAGCACUGAGCACCUGCUGCAGCCCUGGGACGCUGGGGGACAAAAGCCAGCCUUGAUAUCUGCCCACAGUCCCCUGAGGGGCACAGAAGGCUGCCCCUCAGGCCCAGGUGGCCGACCCGCCCUGACCCCCUGUCCUGGGCCUCCCUGCACUUCAGCUGUUCUCUGGGACUUUCUGUGGCCUGCUGUGUCCGCACCUUGGGUUGGGAAUCGGCUCAGGCUCCUGCCCUGGACAGGGGAAGGAGGAAUAGUCUGGUUUACAAAGGAUUUCAUCUCUGGCUCCUCCUGGUCCCGGCUCUUCCCAGGUGCCCCUGGGACUGUGUGUCACGUUCGCAAUAAAGAAAAGGUUUGCUGCUC